GGAGGGUGUGUCUGCCGGAGCCUCAGCUGUGUGUUUGGUAUAAAUACUCUUUGUCCUGGUGUCAGCUCGUCUUCUCACCGGCAGCAGCUCCGUCCGGGAGGUCAAACACAUGAUGGCAGCGCCGAAGAAAGUCUGUGUGGUCGGCUCUGGUAACUGGGGCUCUGCCAUUGCCAAGAUCGUGGGCGCCAACGCCGCCAAGCACGACACGUUUGUCACCACGGUGAACAUGUGGGUGUUCGAGGAGACGGUGAACGGCCGCAAACUCACAGAAAUCAUCAACACGGACCACGAAAAUGUGAAAUAUCUGCCCGGUCACAAGCUGCCCCCCAAUGUGUUGGCCGUUCCAGACUUGGUGGAGUCCGUGAAAGGAGCCGACAUCCUGAUCUUCGUGGUCCCUCACCAGUUCAUCGUGAGACUGUGUGACUCCAUCAAAGACCACAUCAAGAAGGAUGCUGUGGGAAUGUCCCUCAUCAAGGGCAUCGACGCGGGUCCGGAGGGUCUGAAGCUGAUCUCAGAGGUCAUCCGGGGGAAACUGGGCAUCACCAUGACGGUCCUGAUGGGAGCCAACAUCGCCAACGAGGUCGCUGAGGAGAAGUUCUGUGAAACGACCAUUGGGUGUAAAGACAAAACAUGCGGGUCCGUGUUGAAGGAGCUGAUGCAGACCACCAACUUCCGUGUGACCGUCGUGGAAGAGUCUGACGUUGUGGAGAUUUGCGGAGCGCUCAAGAACAUUGUAGCAGUGGGAGCAGGUUUCUGUGACGGCCUUGGGUUUGGCGACAACACCAAGGCGGCGGUGAUCCGUCUGGGCCUGACGGAGAUGAUCUCCUUCGCCAAGAUGUUCUGCACGGGCUGCCCCGUCUCGCCCGCCACCUUCCUGGAGAGCUGCGGCAUCGCCGACCUCAUCACGACCUGCUACGGUGGACGCAACCGCAAGAUCGGAGAGGCCUUCGCCAAAACCGGAAAAACCAUCGAGCAGCUGGAGAACGAGCUGCUGAACGGGCAGAAGCUUCAAGGUCCGGCGACCGCGAGCGAGGUCCACCAGAUCCUGAAACAGAAAAACCUGGUGGAAAAGUUUCCGCUUUUCUCUGCCGUUUACCAGAUCUGCUUCAACAGCCACCCGGUCGCAGAGUUCAUCAACUGUUUGCAAAACCACCCCGAGCACAUGUGAAGGGACGGACGUGCAGACCGACGAGUCGGUGGUUAGGACUUUCACACCGAGGAGUCGAUACGGGGAAGACUGUGACUCCGCCCUUGUUUCGAGUCUCGAACAGAGAAGAGAACGGGAGUCGUCCUCCGCCUGUCUGAGCUGCUGUCACUACAUUACUGACAGAAGCAUAAUGUCUGACACCGACCGUCUUCUUACUCUCUUAAUCAAACAUAAAUGUAACGUGCCACAAAUUGCUGCACGAAUCCAGCGGGUCUUAAAAGUUUGAAGAAUUUGCCUUAAUCUGCCUUACAAAAUACACGAACCCCCGACCUGAAUGUUUUGAAAUGUUGCAUCAUGUCUUGGGUAAAAAGACCUUUUCAGUGACGUGUGUGUUGCACCACAGUUCUCUUUCUGCUGGACUUCUUCGGAUGUCGCCGAUUACCGAACAGGGUUUAUUAAAUGAUUGUUUCAUCGUU